GCCGUUCGCCACCUCGGCCCGCUGACCAGCGCCAUACACCCACUACCCCAAAUGUCCCCCAUCUCCGCAACUCUCCGCCAUGAGCCGUAGCCCCGCUGCUAUCUCACGCCGCCACACCUUCCACAGCCAUCUCCCAUCACCGUGGCUAUUUCUUCCGCGGCCAUUCAUUCCACGGCACUCCUCUCUGCUAUCCCCGUGGCCAUUCCUUCCCCCAAUACUUCCUUUGCUGCUGACCCGCGACCACAGCCAUCUCCCCGUGGUCACUCCUCACACAGCCAUCUCCCCGCUGCUAUCCCCUAUGGACACAACUUCCGUAGCCAUCUCUCCGCUUUUAUCCCAACGACCACUCCACUUGCUGCUAUCUCCCGCGGCCAUUCUCCCCUCCGCCCGCCUACCCCAGGCCUGUUUCCCACAGGGUCAGAGACCAGUGGAAGCUGCAGCAGCCAUUCCGAGUGGGUGCUACCUACCUGCAACACGCCGACUCGGGAACGACCGUGGACUUCAUGAACUGGCAGAUCCCUCUGAGCCGCCGGUUUCGAUCUCUGAAGCUUUGGUUUGUGAUCCGUUCGUUCGGGGUGGCUGGUUUACAGGCGCAUAUCCGCCACGGAGUUGAGAUGGCUAAGUAUUUUGAGUCCUUGGUUCGAAGUGAUUCAAAUUUUGAAAUCCCAGCCAAAAGACAUCUUGGGUUGGUGGUCUUUCGUUUAAAGGGACCCAACAGUCUGACUGAAGAACUUCUGGCUGAACUCAUCCAAUCAGGCAGCAUGUACCUGGUUCCGGCCAACAUCCAGCAGCUCUUCAUCAUCCGCUUCACCGUCACUUCUCAGUACACCACCAGUGCAGACGUCCUGCGGGACUGGAACAUCAUCCAGCAACGUGCUGCCAAAGUCCUCAAGUCCCCAACGUCAGCUGGCCUCCUGCGCGAUGGAGUAGGAGGCGCCACAUGGCCCUUUCCACAUGGGACAAGUCAUCUUAGUCCAGACUUAGCUAUACUUCUCUGGACUUCUGAAAUGUCUGCCUGAAGUACAAACACAUCUGUAAUCCGCAGGCUAUUGUCCAAAUGUGGCCUCGCUGAAUGCAACAAGCACGUCUUCCCUGUGACAAUAAAGACCAACUUCUGUCAACCUCUUGCUCACUUCCAAUCUUCUAUCAAUAUUCUGCAGUUUCUCUGCAUGCCUUUCUCUUCUUCCUGCCACCCCACCUUUCCCACCUUACGUUCCAACUGCCAGACAAUCACUACAUUAGAUAGAAGAAUCGGAUGAUGGAAUUGAUGGCUUUGUUGCAAAGUUUGCAGACGACAGGAAGAUAGGUGGAGGGACAAGUAGUUUUGAGGAAGUAGAGAGGCUACAGAAGGACGGGAAGAUUAGGAGAAUGGGAAGGAAAUGACAGAUGGAAUAGUGUUGGGAAGUGUAUGGUCAUUGGGAAAGGAAAGGGUUAACUAUUUUCUAAAUGGAGAGAAAAUACGAUAAACGGAGGCACAAAGGGACGAGGGAGUUCUUGUGCAAGAAUCCCUAUUGGUUAAUUUGCAGGUGAGUGUGUGGUGUGGAAGAGAAACGCAAUGUUAACAUUCAUUUCAAGAGGACUAGAAUAUAAAAGCAAGGAUGGAAUGUUGAGACUUUGAGGCACUGGUGAGGCCUCAUUUGGAAUAUUGUGAGCAGUUUUCGGCCCCUUAUCUUAGAAAGGAUGUGCUGAAACGGGAGAGACUUCAAAGGAGGUUCACAAAAAUGAUUCCAGGAUUGAACAGCUUGCCACAUGAAGAGCGUUUGAUGGCUCUGGGCCUGUAUUCACUAGAAUCCAGAAGAAUGAGAGCUGACCAAAUUGAAACCUAUUAAAUGGUGAAAGGCCUUGAUAGAGUGGAUGUGGAGAGAAUGUUUCCUAUGGUGGGAGAGUCUAAGACCAGAGGACACAGCCUCAGAAUAGAGGGACAUCCAUUUAGGAUGAUAUGAGGAGGAAUUUCUUUAG